AAAUGGGAAUAAUAACAUUCGCAAUGUUUUACGCAACCACUAUGAAAGAGAAAGUUAGAAAAAAGCAACACGAAGUAGCUAAGAGGAAAGUUUGUACUUAUGUUUUAACUUUUAACUGUACAUAGGGAUACAUAAACACACUAUUAACAAAAAUGCACGCAGUAUCGCCCCAAGAUAAAACAAAGAGCAACAGUUCAUAUGGUAAAAGACUGUGUCUUCCACUUCUCUUUUCACUCCUUUUUCUCUGCUUAUUAACUUGGGUAGGUUAUGUAUACACAAGAUCAGAAAACAAGUUAAAAGAAAGCUUGCAAAAAAUAAACGCAGAGAAAGAUCGCAGACAGAGUUUGAUCCAGCAGACCUCUUCUUAUAUGACGUUGGUAAACAAAGCGAAGAAUAACGUCUUGUUGUAUUCAAAGUUAUUGGAGAAUUUUUCACAGAAAUUAAAGACACUGGAACAACGAAGAAUACACUCGAUCAACAAGAAGGGCUUUACUGCUUUGAGUUUGUGCGGGAAGACUGGUCAAACAGUAAAGAGCAAUGGAGGGCGUCUAUUCCCAGACUGGAAAAUCACAUUAAAUGUUGGAAACAUUAACUACACAAAUAAUUUUAUCGUCAUCAACACACCAGGAGUUUAUUUUGUUUACGCUCAGAUGUUUUUUUUUCAAAAUAAAGACAGCUUUAGGCGAAAAAUAAUGGACUUUCACAUUUCAAAAAAUCGCCAAGAAACGUUGGUUCUAGCGUCUGUACCAGUGACCACCUGUCCAGAAGCUUGCACGCGCUACAUAUCAAGUGUCGUAAAGCUUCAGAAAAAUGAUCGCCUCGCUGUGUCAUCCUAUGGUAACAAUAUCCAGUUCAAAAUAUCACAAGAGAAAUGUCAGUUUGGUGUUGUUUUGUUGGAAGGAAGCACUCAAUAAAAGUUUCAAGGCAGCUUUCACAAAAAAAAUUAUCUCUACAUCAAAUCCUUUGUAAUUAAUGCCAGACGCUAUAAUAACAAAACAAAAUAAAAUAAAAUAAACACUCUCAAUAGUUAUAGCUCAAAAGCAUUUAAAUUUCCUUCAAGCUUUUAUUUAAUAUUAUAACACGAUUUAAAUUUAGAGUGAAUGGGGGAAGGUCUAAUACGUUACACGCUUUCUCGCUUAUAAGAAUAACAUGCGAUUUCAGAAUAAAAACGAUGGGUCUAUUUUUAGAACAAUAGAAAAACAAAAAAAUAACCAGCUCAGUCAGUAUUUUAAUAUUUUUAUAUCUUUUUAGGAUUAUCAUAAUAGUUUUUAAAUAAGUUCUUGGAAUAAAUAUGUUUGUUAUGGGUUUUUUAUUUGCCGCUUUUAUCAAGUUGUAAAAUUAAAAAUGCAGCUCAUUUUAGUUAGUAAACAAGAUAUCUGUACAGCUAUGAAGCUGUGGAACCAAAAAUGUAGAACCCCUUCUGUUUAGUCACUAAGCAGCAAGCUCAAUAAUAUACGUAUUUUCAAACUGGUGUAUAGUCGAAUUGUCAUUUUGCACUGAGGAUGCCAGGAAAAGGGAUGGCAAGUCCAAAAAUAUCUGAGCCAACCCUUGUUUCAUGGGUUGAAGGCUAGUCCAAUACAACGCCCUUUCACAGAUGGUCUGCAGAAAAUUUCUACAAAUCUGAGCAAUUUCAGACUAGUUUCAUAUAUUCCCAAGAUCUUUUUGCAAAUUAACAGGAAAAAUAAACAUGCAAUAAUCCGUAACCAACCAGCCUAUUACAAACUUUAAUUUUGAGUGGAGGCAUUUUUUGAUCUUGAAAUUAAAAUCUAGUUUUUGCAUGCAAAUUAAUUUACAACAUACAUCAGUGAAAAAAUGCUACUAACCUAACAAUUUUUUUAAUCAUAACUUAACCAGUCGGGAAGAACUGAUAAUUAGCCUGUAAAUGACAGUUAGCCAAUACAGGAAGUUAUACGGUAUAUACAUUAAAUUUAGCUGCUUGUGUGGCUAAUUAUACGGAUCUUAUUCUUCAAUUUCUACACUUUUCUUCGAUAUCGAUCUUCCAUCUGCCUAGUUUCAUAGCAUGUUAUGUUCCAAUAAAAAACAAAAUAAGAACAAGAAAUAACUGCGCAUGAAAGAUAUUCAUUUUCAAACUAAUACCGGCUAAUUAACCUUAUAAAUACGGACUUUCCUGGUACUGCAUGGCCACAGUUCCAUAUUUGUAGUGUAUAUUAUAUAAUUAGCUGAUUCAAUUUAUGAAUGCUCUUGAAACGACAACACCGUUGCCGUAUAAGCAUCGACUAACUAUCCUGUUACAAGCUAAUUAUCAUUUCUUCCCGACUGUUAAUUUUCUUCUUCUAUAUAGUCUGCACUUUAUUAUACCGUCAAAACGUAAACAUUGAAACUUUAUUGAAACUUUAUACCACUGGGAUAAAAAAUUUUUUUCUGUUGCUGUGAAGUUAACACUAUAAACUAUGAUGUAUGGAAAGAUACUUUGUUAAGCAGAGUAUUACAGCUAAAAUUUGCAGGGUAUUAUUACAAGAUUUAUAGCUGACCUGAGCUGAAGCUAGCCACAAAAGUAAGGAGGCAUUCCUUACUUUUGUGGCUAGCUUCAGAUUGGUAAAAGAUAGCACAAGAAGUAAUAACGAUGAAUAGCACAAAAUGUACUUAUACCAAACUAAAUGAAAAGCUUUGGAGAAAAGCACACAAUAGCUAUAGCUAGCUGUCUGUAUUGCUAUCUACUGACACUGACCACGUUAGCUGGCCUGCUAUAUACAUACGCCAGUUAUAGCCAAGAUAAUAAAAAUGAUUUUACUAAGAUUUACAUGGAUGUGAUGGUAUCUUUAUUAGCAUAUAGAAGCAUAGAAAACCUAAACAAAAAGAGAUCUUUUCCAAACCUGAGCUAUGCAACUUUUAAAAUCGCAGAUUAAACGUCAAUUUUACUAACCGCGUCCGAGAUACGCAUAUCUUCACUUAAAUCUUAGAAGAUCAGGAUCUUGCCCGAGCUUUUAGCCGAAACUAGAAGCUGUGUGUUCCACAGCUAAUUAUACCAUCAUCACCUCCAUUAUGACAAUCAAAAAAUUACUAUCCGAAGGGUUUUGGAGGGUCGACAGGGUCCCCUAAGCUAACAUAACGCAUUUACUUUUGGGUUCAAUGUCAGUACCUGUUGACUAUUGCAGGAGACACGUUCAUCAGAAUUUAAAAAUCCUCGUUAAUAGAACAUUUAGAAGUUAGAUUUAGAAGUUUACCGAUAUAGAAAUAAUUUUUGUUUGUGUCACUUGACCGGAAGUGGUGUAUGCUUACAGACUGGGUUAAAAAAGUCGAUUUCCUGACCUACAACAUGGCAAUGUCCACUACCCAUGAACCUUUGUAACGCACCUACAAUAUAGCUAUAAUGGUCGACAAAAAUAUGGCUCUCCACUCCCUCUCUGUGGGGGUGGUGUUUGUUAGAUACGGGUAUUCUUUCUUUCGGCAUAUUACGAGGUUUGGGUUCGAAAAUCUGUGUAGAUGCUUUCUAGAUUUUCUUACCAAGUAGCUGUUAGUUUUAAAAAAUAUAUAUAGUAAAUUUUAGACUACAUAAGGAAGCGUUUAAGCGGUUUAACGCUAUUUCCCUGUAUGGUGGAGUUGCCUUACGUGCCGAUAUCUUUGAAAACUUACCUUUGCUACGGUGUCUGAUUAUGAUAAUUUUUAAUUUAAGUUUUAAUAUUUAUCUAAUACAACUUCUAGAGCUUUUAGAUUUUGGCUGUUACUUAAAAUUGACCUUAAAAAUCUGUAAGAAAUCCUUCUAAUCAUGAAAAAUAGCUAGAGUAACUUUUGUUAGGAAUCUCUUUGGAAUUUGAAACUUACAGCACAGCUUUAUUUCAUCAAGGGAAAUCAGUCUAUAAAGUUUAGAGACGUGAUGAAACCGAUUUUCCCGUCGAUGUUGAAUGUAAAAAUCGAGAAAUAUGUUCAAUAACUUAUAUUUAGAUCUCAUAAACUUCAAACAGAACAUAAAAAUUUGCUCUGCAAAUAAAGUAAAUGAAAUUUAAGAAAUAGUGGUAUUCUGGACAAAUUUCCAGCUUUCGAUGACUUGACAGAAAAACUGCUGUCAUAACCAGAAAACUAUUCCUGCCAUUGUGUUGCUUCUAUGACGUACGAUAACUGUGCCAAGUUCGGUUUAAUUUACACAAGCCUAACAAAAGUUAUUAAAGCGUUGGGGCGUAAUCCGCCCUUUUCCCGCCCGGUCAAAUGUUUCAAAAAAACCCGAAAUAAAUUGGGGUAAAAUGCACAAGGGAAGGGAAUUAAAUGGAUAAAAUCGCGUUGUGUCCUCGACAAAAUUAAGGGUUCCUUUUACGGUGGCCUAAGUCUGUCACCCUUGCCGAGCAGCAGAAAUGUAUCACUACUGCGCAGUAAAAUCAAUUCUAUCGCGCAGUAGUCACAGAUCUACUGCGCUUUAGAAAACAUUCUAGUGCGCAGUGCAGACAAAACACUUUGUUACGUUGAUUAUACGGAAUGGCAUAGAGCUUGAUAACAAAAAAGAUAUUUUUAAAUAUAUGCGACAGUAAUUUUAUAACUUUAAAAAAUCAAUUUUAAGAUAACGUCAUAAGUGCAAGCAUGAUAAAAAUAGCAAGAAAUCUAUCUUUCAAUGCCCAUCUCUGAAAUGAAAGUACACGACGAGAGUCAAACCAAAAGUAGGGUAGAAGCAAUCAAAUUAAAAUACGAUGUAUUAUAAACGGAAGCGCAUAACAAACUUUCGACUUUAAAAAUCUUGUCAACCAUUAUGAAAUGCCGGAGAAAUUGUCUAAUGCCCAAUAUUGCGCAACAAUUGAAGUUCUACUGCGCAUUUGUCAAUGUCCAACUGCGCAGUGAACCGAAUGCGGUCGGCACACUUGCACAUGUUCUACUGCGCAGUAGAUGUAUUUCUAUUGCGCAGUAGACAUAUUUCCACUACAGAGUAAAAAUACCACCACUGCGCAGUAGAACAUUUUCUACUGCGCAGUGGACUAACUAUUCUUUUGUUCUUUGAUGCUUACUGCGGAAUAAAAAGAGUUUUACUGCGCAGUAGAACGUUGACUACUGCGCAGUGAAAACUCGUCUUCUGCGCAAUGGUCACAGCUUUACUGCGUAGUAGAAAUGUUAUUCCUCUACGGUAUAAAUCUAAUUCUACUGCUCAACAUCAAAUGCCAGGUAUGGGCUUCCGUCUCCUUACCUCUAAAGCAAAUUUCUAAAUAGCUGGUGUGAAUUUUUAAGUUGUACUAAGUUAAUGCUUAAUGCUAAAAAUUACUUUAAUUUUUUAUCACGUCUGUGCUCAAUGUUUAAAAGCGUUUCCGCCCGCCCUGUUUUUUUCACAAGUAAUUUUUGAAAAUAUACGAGCGCUGAAAUCGUUCCAAUGUUUAAUAACUUUCAAAUUUCAUCGUCGAUAAAUGAGUUUGCUUGAAUCAACGUUAUUUUGACUUUGAGUGCGUCGCUCGCACCACUGUUCAUCACGUGAUUCUUUAUGAUUAAAAUGUUCUUUUUUGCCAUUAACCACCGUUCCCCCCCAUUAUAAUUUAUCGUUUCGCCUAGUUUAAAAUAAAGAAGGCACCAAAAAAUGUUCCGACAAAAAAAAAAGCAAGAAAAAGUUUGCAACAAAAUUUAUUUCAUGUAUUGCUUGUUAUAACAUAUAUUCAUACUUUGUUUGCAUGCAGUUACUAUUGUCUACUGCAUAUUUUAAAAUGAAUUAUUCAAGUUAUUCAUUCGUGAUUUUAUUUUUUCAAUGUAUUAAUAAUAAUUAAGAAUAAAUUAUUUCUUUCAAAGUGUCUUCUUCAUAGGCUGGGACUAUGUUUAAGUGUACAGAUUUUUAAAUAAAAUUUCUUAAUUAUACAGAAUCUGUGUUUUUUUGUCCUAAUUUUGAACCUGGUUUCUGACGUAGGCAGAAGCAUAAUAGAUAUAAAGAUAAUAAGUCUCAUUUUCGUGCACAGAGUAUUUUUCAAACUGAAAAGAAAAAGUCCACGAAAAAAAAAGCUCUCCAAAUUAAAAAGACAACAUUGAAGUGGUACUUAAAUUCAUUAAUUUUAACCUGAAAUUCGUUAAUAAUAGUAUUUCUUCUUUAUGUAAAAUAAUUUUCAUUGUUUAGCACUAUAAUGUCUUUCAUUUUUAGUUUCACGUUCUCCUUUGUGAACAGAACAUAACCUAAUCAAUUUUUCUUUCUUGGCUUUAUGAUAUUUAAAAACAAUACCCUUGACGUUUGCCCUUCUCUUGAUAAUCGUAUUUGUAAAAGAAUUUAAUUAUUCGACUAAUAAAUUUGGCCAAUAUUGUCUCAUUUAUCAUUGAAAUAAAUGGACAAUUAAUUGACCGUAAAUUGUUUUCGCCUUUUAACGAUGUUACUUUUACCAAGGAGAAAAUAGAACGUUGUAUCGUUGGAAGUGCCAUGGGAAGAGAGUAACUUGAGAUAUUUCUGUUAUUUCGACUUUACUUUAAAGUUCGCUUUAUUUAUCUUUUGUAAAAGGUAAAUACCCACCAGGGGGAAGUAUUACAUUAUUUUUUGCAUUAAAACUGAGAAAACGAAUACAGUAUCACAAGUAUCAGCCAAAAGCGAAAGACAGAAAAGAGAAACAAACUUAAAUUCCUGUAGCAAUAGACAAUGAAAUUUAACAUUUCGAAUGCUUUGUAUAUAUUACUUACACUGGAAAUAUUCCCGCUGACAGGUUAGUAUAUCUAACGAUACUUCAUAUUCUGUCAAUGUCACUUUGUCCUUUAUUGACAGGUGGUCAUAUCAAAUUUUGCUAUAGUGCUAAAAAUAGAUGUUUUAUAAACUAGUAAGUUGUAUAAAUAUGUGAUUAUGUAAGUGAUAGUGACAUAAAGUGAUCAUACAAUAUUGACAUACACCCUGUGUAAUUUGCAGACCGGAAUGUUGGUAAUUUGCAGACCGGAAUAUUUGUAAUUUCUUAUUUUUAUAUCUAUCGCUAUAUGAUGACGUCAUAGGUUAUUUUGUCACAUGUCAAUCCAAUUUGCCUUCAUUGAGUAGUUACUGACAUGAAUGCGCAUAGAUACACCAAGAAUUAUUCCAUGAGAGCUGCCAAAAACAAGGUUCUCAAAUACUAAUUUUUCAAACCAAAAUUCUGAUCGAUUUCCAUUUUCUCCCUAAAGGAAUUCUUUGUGUUCAAAACACCUGUAAAUUUUCCUAAUAACAUAGUACCUUCCUAUAUUAAUUCUUUUAAUGACUAGUACUGAAAAUAGUUUUAAAAAAGAUAAAAAAUCGAAAACUUCUAAAAAAACAUAUUUUCUCCAACCAUUGUCUCAUUAUGACCAACUGCCACCAAUUAAGUCACAGCACAUUGCUGCUUCUUUGUGCCAAGUUUCGUCACUUAAAACCAAACAGAACAAAAGUUACAGCCCGCGGGCUCUUUAUGCCCCCCCCCCCCCCCCCCCAUACUUACAAGGGUAAAAAAAAGCCCAUGCCAAAUAGGGCUAAAUUUCAUAUCUUUUUGGUCUCUUGUGCUACCAACAGCAAGAUUUAACUUUUCAUUAGAGUACUUAAGUACUAAGUUGCAGCUUCUUGACUCCCUUUUUGUAGGCAAAAAGAGUAUGUUAGAGGUUUGUAAGAUUCUACUUUUUCAAUAUUGUAUAUGCAUGUGCUUUGUCUUAGCAUGGUAUAGUAAGGUAUUAGUGAGUAAUAACCUUACUACGCCAAAGCGACGACAUUUUGUGACGUUCGCAUAUUUACUACAUUAAAUGUGCAAAGUGAUUGAAUGUUACACCGGUAAGCAAAAACGAAAAUAAAUAGAAAUGCUGAAUAUCACCAGGAAAAGAACAAAAAGACAAAUAAAACAUAAGGGGAACUUAAACGAAACAAGGCCAAUAGAGAAAACAUAAAUAAAUAAAAAAAACAUUCACGACAUAAAUAAUAAAAAGAAAACAAUAAAAUUUUCAUUAUCGCUUUUACAUUCGAUUACAGAUGAGUUGCAGCAUGACGUACUGUUUUGAUUUUGCAUCGAGAACAAUGAUCAUGCGUACGCAUGUGCACAGGCGAAAAAUGUAGUCAAACAACAAACCGCGACGAUCAAAAAUAUUAGGUGUAAAAAAAAACUGACUCUAAAAUUGGUAAUGUCUGCUCUUAACAUAGAAGAUAUUAGUUGAGAAGAAACAAAUUCAAUUUCAUUUUCAAUCUUAUAUUCCUAAAAGUCUAUUAACUAGAAUAAAGAUACAUGCACAACAUCAUUUUACUUUGCCCGAUGAUGGGAGAAGGAUCUCCCGAAACGUCGACUACUAAACUAUCAUUUUCAGGAAAUGAUAAUCUUUCCACAGAAAUAUGAAUACUAAACAGACAAACCGAAAUAAUAUCUUCAAUAAUAAAGAUUUAAUUUUGCUAUGUGGUCCUUUCUUUCUUGCCUUUCAGGAUGCGCACGCAUAUUCGGAACUUUCUAAACAUUUGCAACUCAUCUAUUAAAUCAUCAUAUGACAUUAUACUUAAAGCAGCUAUUCGGCUUUUAAGGCUACAACGAUAUGUUAGUAAAAAUAUAAACUUCUAUCAACGUCACAGUGGGCAGACAUAUGAAUACAAGCGCCACACCCUGGCUUUAGUAUGUUGGUAAACUCUGGACCGAAAAGUAAAUAGUCACAUCAGAAGUACUUUUACUAGAAAAAAAGAAUAAAAAAUACCAAACAUUUUUGCAAUUUGCAAGCAUAACUUAAAUAAACAGAAAAUGAACAGCUCUAUCGAACAAAGUAAUGGAAUAUCUUUCAAAGGAGUCAAAUAUCUUUCUCUAAUUUUCUUGUAAUGUUUUUUCUAACUCUGCUAUUGAAUGUUCCCAGUGGGCACUUCAACGUUGAAUCAACGUUGAAAAGACGUUGCUUGCGACGUUGAAAAGACGUUGAUUUUACGUUGCAAAUGAAAGUUUUUUUGACGUCUUUUUCCGACGUCUAUUCAACGUCGGACAUCAACGUCUUUUCAACGUUGAAACAACGUCUCGCAACGUCUUUUCAACGUUGAAACAACGUCUCGCAACGUCUUUUCAACGUUGAAACAACGUUGCAGGACGUUGUUUCAACGUUGAAAAGACGUUGAUGUCCGACGUUGAAUAGACGUCGGAAAAAGACGUCAAAAAAACUUUCAUUUGAAACGUAAAAUCAACGUCUUUUCAACGUCGCAAGCUACGUUGAAACAACGUCCUGCAACGUCUCUUCAACGUUGAAACAACGUCUCGCUACGUCUUUUAAACAUUGAAAUAACUUCUCGCAACGUCUUUUCAACGUUGAAAAAACGUCUAACAACGUCUAAUCAACGUCGUUUGGAAAUGCUCUCGCAACCGUUAUUCAGCGUCUUUUCAACCUUAAGAAACAGACAAACUUGACCGAAUCAAAUCAUAAUCGCCAUUGUGGCUUCAGUUUUAUAUGUCCAUAGUUUACAUGUCCAUGUAUCUAUUCCCUAGCAUGAUUCCGACGCUUAUAUUUGUGUUACGUUAUUUGUACAUGGUUAUUGCGAAAAAGAAAUAAAAUCAUUUCUACGAUAUGUCAUUUUUUUAUUAUAAACAUCGGCAGUAUAUACAACUUCUCCGCUGAAAACUUCCUAAAUGAAACUUAACGGAGUUUUAUAAUACAAAAUAUAAAAACGAUAUUUCAAGUAUUCACAACUGGUACUAUGUGAGAAUCUCCAGCGUUCCAACCCAAUGCAAAAAAUGUAACGCAGCAAUGACGAGGUUGUUAAACGUGCAGUAUUUGCAAAUUUAUAGCUGCGAUUUCAUGUGCCAGGCACGCCUCCUGAUAAGGCAGCCUGUUAGUAUGCUCAAAUCACCUAAAGUGUCAAGCAAAACUGUUGCACCGAAGUCUUUAAUCAAGCAUUGGUUAGAGAAAAAGUAUGUUUUCUUAAUGAAGUCAGAGUUGAAUACAAGGGUGUUUGUUAAGGAUACCAGAUGCGAAUAAAUACGAUCAUGAUGCUAUACUUUAUAAAAAGUGUGAAAAGCCACCGUCCUCACCAGGUGCAAGAAGUCCAGGAAUCGAGGUUGAAAAUUACAAUAAAAAUAUAAUGAAUAUUAUAUUAGCACUGUAUUUCCUUAAAAAAAGCACCCACUCAUGCAUAUUCCAUACUUUUACUAGUCACAAGUCCGAUCUCUAGUAGAAACACUAAAAAUUGUUGAGCUAAAAUCACUUUAACAUUUUGCCAUUCUAAUUUUCUGCCACCCAAUCAAAAUUAAUAUAAGCUAGAAGAAUUUAUUACGGCGCUUGAAAAAUUUAUAAUCCUCUCUGAUAUAAAAGUUGUAAAUUAUUUAAAAAUUAAUCGAUUUAAUUUUCUUCGGCAUUAGUUCUUCCCGCUCCUCCACAUCUAUCAGGUGCAUAUUUAAGGAUUGAUGCCGUACACGCACGAACUUCUCCUUCUGUCGCAUUCUUUUGAUGUUUGAUAACAGUUUCUACAACGUAACAAAAUUCUUAUCACAUAUUGAUGGAGGUAGUUUACAGUACAACAGCUGGACAAAUAGAUUUCCUCAGAUUAAUGUGUAUUUUUCCCCCUGAACGUCGACCCCUCGAAAUGGCGGGAAAAACUUAAUACAAACUUGUCGGUUUGGAUUAGCACUUUAAUAAGAGCUAUUGUAUUUAUUUGUACAUAUUUUAACCGACAAUAAAUAAAUUAACAACAACAAACUAAAACGCUUACAAGCACAUAUAUAAAUUGAAUAUUAGGAAUAGGAUUUUUUUACUAACCGACAACAGCUUUAUAUAAGUUCAUCCUUGCAAACCCAACCUUUUCACUUUUUCCCUUCCCUUUCAUGUUGAGUGCCGACAUUACUUCAUUAUUCAUGAUUCUAUAAUGAAAGUGGAAUAAAAGUAAAACAAUCGACAUCGUAAGCGCAUUUAAUAUAUAGUUGCGAGUCCAUUAGGCUGCGGGGCCGCAUUCCGUAAACUAUUCAUUCAAUUAAAUAAUUCUUGGACCUCGUGCACGAUUUUUUUAUGGAGAAGAUGAAACGAAGCAUGUGGGCACAACAAAGUGAUUUUCCACUACCACUGUAAACUACACAACAAAGAAAACCAGCGUCAGUACGGGGAUUUUUAUCAAUGUCAUUAAAGAUUAUCCGACCUUCGAUAUACUCUCCAGCAACAGUACAACGUUCACAACCGUCGUAUCCUGUAUGGCCUUUUAUGCCUUUUAAAAAUUGCCUUGCUGGGGCGUCGCAAGUGAAAAAGUGCAAAGCCACUCGUACAUCAAUAUCAUUUACGAUCAUGGUAUCACUUCGAAGUUUAUGCAGCUCUUCCAGAAAUUCAUGGCAAAAGUAUUCAACAGGUGUUGGUUUGCUAUUGCCACAAAAAAGUGCUAUCACAAAUGGUGUUGCAUAUUCAAAUUGACCUAGAAUUGGCCAAAAUUGGGUGCUUGAUGACUUAUAUAAAGAUUCUGCUACGAAUGCUACCGAAGCAAAGUUUACGAAUUAGCAUAUGCUGUACAGAAAUACUUUACUCACGUCUGUGGUUCUUCGCCCUUUUCGCCUUGUGAGUUGAUACGAACUUCUUAGGGGCUUAGGCGCGAAUUUCCUCAUCGAAAGUUUCCCGCCAAUGACUAGGAGGGAUAUUACAUGCGACAAAGUAAAGGUUUAAAUAUGUGAAAGCGAAGUAAAUAAACAGUUAUUAUUGUAUUAUAAAUUAUAAUUUGACAAAAUGGAUUGUAUUUUAAAUGUCUCACAUCCAUAAUACAAGUUGAAAUAUU